AUGACUUCACCAAACCACACCUCACCAUCCCCCACCCGGCCUCCGGCGAACAACCCCGCAAACAACCAUUCACCAUCUACCACAGCCACCUCUCUCAUCCGUCCCCCUCGCUUCUACAUGCUCCGAGCCUUCACCACUCGUCUCCUCCCUCUAGCACUCUUCACAGUCUUCCUCAUCACAGGUACUGUAAUCCUCAUCUAUUCCGUCGUAGACAAACGAGUUAUACCUUCGAAUUUCAUCGCCGGAUCGUAUAUAACUAUCGGUGUUAUUAUUCUUCUAUGGUGUUUAUCACGUUUUAUACUCCUUCUCCGAGAAAGUUUCGGGGAGCUAGUAAUUGAUGAGGUGGAGGCUGGGUUGCAGGGAGUCAAUAGAGUACAUGUAAGAGGAUUAUGGGGAAAAGAAGAGGGGAGAGUAAAGAAGUGUUUAAGGUGGUUGAUGGAGCCCCCGAGGAGUGAUGGGUCGAAAUCACCGGUUGGUAGAUUUGAUUUCGGAAACCACAGCUCACGAAAUCGUCGAGAAGUCGCAAGACAAGAACCGCAACUCGCAAGGGAAGGGAUCGAAUUGAGAGAUUUUGGGAUUCGUGAUCAAAAUCCUCAAGUAGCUCCAUCGGGGCCUGCACUUUCAUCUCUCGAAAGUCUCUCUAACGUACCAGCUCAUUUAUCCAAGCCCCAGAACCAUCCAAAUGAUCCAAAUAUGCGAAAUUCAGUACAGCAACGUGCAAAAUCUCACCAACGAAACCCAAGCCCAAGCCAAAGAACCCCCGCUCUACCUCCCCAAAAAACCAGAAACCAUCGAGCACCAACCCUAAAUCCCACAAUCAACACCUCCCACGACAGACUAACAGUACACCACUCCUCACCCCCAAACCCUUCCCAACCCAUCUCAUACACAAGCGAAGAAUCACGAGAUGUGACAUCUCAGACUCGCUUAGCACCUCACAAUUUACCAUUAUCUUUACAGAUUAAUCCGGGUUCUGUAAACUCGAUAGCGCGAUCUCGUCCGUCGAAAAUAACAAGACCGCUUACGCAGAGUUCCUGA